GAUUGUUGUUCCCCGAAUGAACGUCCGUUUAAUGUGCUUAUAGCCAGCAAUGGCAGACAUUUUAGCAGCGUCGCUUCACAGAGGAAACCCGGAGGAGUCUGCAUCAAGUUCGGACGCCGAGGAUAUUAUAAUCCGCUCGACGAGAACCCAGCCGGCAAAUCAGAGCUGCGGGAAGCAGGACGUGAGCUUAGUCUCAUCCGGAUGGUGCCCUAAAGACAAAAAGAGAAUUUCUGUGCAGAAGCUCCGGGGAGCCCCGUCGUCAUCGCGCUUCAUCGAGCCGUCAGUUCAGCAAGCUGACGUACCUCCAGCAUUGGCAGCAAACAAGCUGCCCACCUCUCCCUGGGUUGAGGGAAAUAGAGGGUCGCUGCACGGGAACGUCGCGGUCAAUCCGCAGCUUCCUGAUCAAGAUCCCUGGGCCCAUCAGACUCCGAAUAAGAAGAAAAAUAAAGCAGUUAAAUACAAUUGGCCACCAGGGGGCAGUGCACCCAAAGGAGAAGACAUGGUGAUAUCUAAGUUUGCACCAGGAAGGAAGGAAGCAGUCCGAGCCGCUCUGAAGCAGAGGUCUCAAAGCGCCCCCUUGAGGCGGGAGGUAAAAGUGCGGCUAUUGGAGCAAGAAGUAACCCCUUUCUCUGAGCGUCAGCUCAGUGAUGGCUCCCCAAGAGAGCAUGUGACUGAGGGGGCGGCCUCUUUAGCUGCCGCUGUCACUGCCGCCGCCCUGGCCGCCACAGCACCACUCAUCAAGGCCCAGAGUGACGUGGAGGCCCGAGUGUCCCAGGUCUCUGAGGGCUUGCAGAAGCUCCGCGAGGCUGAACGGCCCAGGAACAAAAGCCAGGGGAGCGAGGCGGGGUCUCCCCUGGCCCGCGUGUCCCGGCUGGAGGAGCAGCUCAGCGCCCUCACCCAGCAGAGGCUGCAGCACCUGGAGAGGAUCCAGGCACAGCAGCUGGAGCUGCAGAACCGGCUUCUGGGCUCAGCGUUGGAUGCCAUGAGCACCAGCGCCCCCUCACUUCAGCCCUCCUCCUCCGCUCCCGCAGGUGGCUGUCCCGGUGGGUCCUAG